AGUUUAACCCACAGCGCCACCCACGUCCCGGCUCUAUCCUUUACGAGUGCCCUAAAACCCUUGCGCUGUUUCCUAAUGGCAGGACUGUGUUCCUGCUUCGGAUGACUGCGCAGCGUAAACAGAGGCUGCCUUGUGUGUCCUUAAAAGUCUCAAACUGUCCCUGUCUUGACUCCCGAGGUUAGGAAAACGUUGACCUGAUGGAGAUCUUCAGGCAGAUGGGAAUGGCCGUCUCAAGGAUGCUGCCACAUUUUGGGAGGGAGGUUGAACUUUGAGCGAGCUUAUCUCAACACUGAGGCAACGGGAGAGACAGGAAGCGAAAGGGAAAUGGCAGUGACAGUGGUGAGGAGCCACAUUCAGAGAGGUGGGCCCAAUUAAAAAACCCCAACCAUGCGCCAAUCCUGCACUGAAUAUUCAUUUGGUUCCUUUUCAGCCAGAAGUCUCCUCGUCAUUUGUGCAGGCCUGGUCCACAUCGUCUCCCCUGACCGGGAUUCAUCUAUCAGCACCAUCAUUGGCCAGACCUUCAACCUGGCCCGCCUCAUGAAAGCCAACAGCACCGUCCUUCUGAACACCUAUCUGAGUCACCAAGGCAGCCCGUUUAGCGACUCCGGCUUCGAUGCCCGGAGGCUGCGCUACGAAGGGGUGCCAACGGCCGCCAUCCCGUUCCUGGAAUGGCGGACUCUCAGCCACGUCAAGCGUGUGGAGAAGAAUUACGAGGCCUACACCGCCUUCGCGGAGUUCCUGCAGCUGGUGCGGGACGACCAGUUUGAGCUCAACCCCACCAAAGUGGAACUUCUGGAUAUGCUGAAGGUGACUCGCUUGCGCAUCCAAGGUCUCCUCAGCAACUUGACGGCCAUCAUGUCUGCCUUGGGAGCGCCGCCCGCUGCCGUCACGGACCCCCUCAUGCUGGAGUCUGUGGAAGCCGACACGUUCGAAAAGAAAGUCCGGGGCUACGUGGUGUGCCACACGUACAAAGAGUGGAUUGACAGGACGGUGAAAGACUUCUCUCUCCUCGCGGAGAAAUUCCCAGCCUAAGGAUCGCUCAAGGAGUAACUCCCAGGUUAAAGGGUUCAUCUGUUCUCCUUGCUGCAGAUUUCUUAGGGAAGCAGGCGUAGGGCGAAGACAGACGCAACACCCACAGACUGGUGGAGAAAGUCUGGAAGUGCCCUUGUGUCCAGUCCGAACAUUAUCUAUUUAUCUCCAGAGCUGAGCUCUGGAAAAAGCAACAACUCACUCCUCAGGUUUUCAGUAGAAGCCUGUGGUUGUGCGUGGUGCUGAUUGGGUGCCUCCCCUGGCUGUGCAUGGUGCUCAUUGGCUGCUGCUCCCCUGGAAUGUCACCAAGGGCCUCUCCAGAUCAUGUACUAAAAAAACACACCUUUCCCAUUUUAAAUAAUAAUAAUAAGGCAACAAAUGAUAAAUGCAUAAGAAUGUUUAUGCAGCAUUUUAAAAGGUGUGUUUAAAAAGACAGACAACCUACCUGCAAGUGUCAGUGAGGAGGAAGGACAAAGCUGUUGGUUGAACAUGAUUGGCUGGCAGACUUGCCUGUCACUUCAGUUCUAAGGCCUUGGUCACCCCAAGUUCUUUAAGUCUGUCUUCACCCUAUGAGGUCAACUUGUGCACUUGUGCUCAGCGAGAUCUCUUGCAUUUAUGCUUCCUGGUUUUGCACUUUGUCCUCCUGCUGGGGGUGGUCUAUUAUUUUCAGUGGCAAACAGGCAGGCAUACACGUAAACUGAGAUUAAUAUGAUUUCAACUCUACUGUUACAAUGCGGGGUG